AUGGCUGAAAGAGGCUUAACGAGUGACAUUAAAACAGAUGAGAAUGUUCAGUUUUCGGAUUUGGCUAUUUCGGAACUUACGCAGCAGUCUCUGCAGAAAGCAGGCUUUGUCAAACCAUCGCCUAUUCAACUACAAACUCUGCCAUUAGCUUUACUUGGCAUUGAUCUUCUCAUUCAAGCAAAAUCGGGUACCGGCAAGACGCUGGUGUUCAGCAUAACUGCGUUAGAAUUUGUUCAAACUAUCGACGAAGAUCCAUCAAUGAUUACGACGAAAGUGAUCAUGUUGGCACCAACGCGCGAAAUCGCACAGCAGAUCGUUCAAGUAAUCAAAACGAUCAAACAACCUGAAUGUUUUGUACAUACAUUUAUUGGUGGAACGGCUUUGAAAGACGAUCAAAAUCAUCUGAAAAAAUGUCAUAUUGCUGUCGGCACACCAGGCAGAAUUGAAGAGCUACUCCGGUUGAAAUAUCUUCGAGCAGAUACGAUUCGAUUGCUUGUUUUAGAUGAAGCCGAUGUUUUAUUAUGCAAAGAAUUUCAAGACCAGAUUAAUUCAAUAUUCUCUUACAUGCCAUCGAAUAAGCAAGUUCUACUAGCAUCGGCAACUUAUCCCGAGCAGAUUGUGCGUUUCUCUGAAAGAUAUAUGCGUGACAUGACUUGUAUACGUCUAGUCGAUUCUGAAUCGCCGAGUUUAGUUGGUAUUCAACAAUUCUUUAUCGUCAUUCCAUAUCAUCCACUCGAAUCGCAUCUGUUCGAGCAGAAAGUUUCACUGUUGUUGCGUUUAUUACCUCAAUUAAAGUUUCGUCAAUGCGUGAUUUUCUCCAAUCUUCGCAUGCGUUCAUCAGCUGUUUGUGAACGUAUCAAAGCUCUAGGUUACGAAACCACAUUUACAUCGAGUUCAUUGGCACAAAACCGUCGAACGAAAGCGAUGCGUGAUAUGUACAAACAUAAAUGUCAAAUACUAGUCACGACGGACUUAACAUCGCGUGGCAUUGACUUAGAUUAUGUUGAUUUUGUCAUCUCAAUGGAUUUACCUAAUGAUCAUGAAACGUAUCUACAUCGAAUUGGUCGUGCUGGUCGUUUCGGGGCUUUCGGUUGUGCCCUGACGAUCGUCUCACAUGGCGACGAACGAAAACAAUUAGAAUCAAUCGAAAACGAGUACAAAUUAAACCUAAUCGAAAUCGACGAAGGCAAUCGAUUUCAGUUGUUAAGUGAUUCCCUUGAACGAGUAACUAUAAACACGCAAACAGCAUAG